CACUCCAGUCCACGGUAUAUAAGUACAGCACAGCAGAAGCACAAUUGGAAAUCUUUCUGAGGUUUUUAUCUAAACUUGUUGAUCUGUUUAGAGGAGACCAAAAACAGAAAUAAAUGGUAGAUAGGAAAAACAAAAAAAGUACCUGACUGCACAAAGUCAUUUCUGUUGCUGUGGUUAGUUCCUUCCUCUGGUGCAGGUUCAACAUUUUUCUGCUUGGAUGACAACUGACCUCCACCUCUAAAGUACAAAUUUGAUAGGCUGUUUGCAGGUGCAAACCACUGAGAAACAGACCAACGCGUCCAUCUGAGAGGCAGGAUGUCUGAACAGCCUGCUCUCCCCCGUACGUCCUUCCUGUUGCUUUGCAUUCUGGGUAUGACCUUGGUGACAUCGGGCUUCCCUCAGCCACGACUAUCUCUCAGAAGCACUGACGAUUCAGAGGAACCCAAACAAGAUGACUGGGAUAUCCUCUUCCCCUCCAUCUCUCUCCGCGAUUGGAGCAUUCAGAUGAUGUCAGCGCCCGGCCUCAGAGCGGCAGCUGACAGUAAGGCAGGACUGAUGAGGGAGGCAUGGCUCUUUGCCCCAGAGAGGGCAGAGGCAAGCAUGGAGAGGGCGUGGCCUGCUGAAUGGUCAUCUCAUGGAGCCGGGAUGGUGAAAAGGAACAUGGUAGUUGCUGAUGAUGCUGCCUUCAGAGAGAAGAGUAAACUCCUCACCUCUAUGGAGAGACAGAAGUGGCUCAACUCCUACAUGCAGAAACUACUGGUGGUUAACUCUUCAUGACAAUUUAUUUUUUACAGCCCUUUAACCAAAAAAUCUGACCACUCUGAACCAUAUAUUAGCAAGACUGAUUUCUCAAGUGAUUCCUCAAUCAUCUUACCUGACAGAUAGGGUAGACAUUAUUAGUUCUUAAGUCUAGCCUCUAAAAUUUAAGUUCCAGCUUCUUAUGAUACUUUCACUAUUUUAUUCCGAUCCUUCCUUAAAAUUGUAAUUAUGGUAUUAAUUUCCAAGCAAAUGGUGAAAUGAACCUUUCAGAAAUGUGAAAAUAAUUUGGUGUUAUUCAAUUUGAUGACUAAAUAAAGAUGCAAAUAAUGUUUUCAA